UGUUUUCAAUGGCUUCCUCAGUCUCACACCCAUCACCACUUCUCACAUUGUCUCAUCCCAAACGCUCAAAUAAUCUAAUUUCUUCUUCUUCACUAGUGUUUCCCAACAAGUUUUUACACUUGCAAUCAAACCCAUCAUCUCUAACAUUUCAAUCCCAAUCUUUUCCCCAUCUGGGUCAUCUUCUAACCGCUCAAACCCCUCUUUUUUCCACUCCAACCACAGCUUCUUCAGAUGGGUCGUCUCUUGAUAUGAUUGAAGAGAUUGAGACUUUGUCUUUGUCGUCUGAGGAGCAACCUGUCAAAUUCCUCUUCUGGGUCUUGGUCUGGACAUCCUUGUCUCUUGCUUGGUUUGCUGCUUCUGGGGAUGCUAAUGCUGCUGCUGCUGCUGACUCCAUUAGAGCCUCCAGCUUCGGUCUCCAGAUUGCCGAUGCCUUGCGGAGCUUGGGUUGGCCUGAUGGGGCUGUUGUGUUUGCCUUAGCUACACUUCCUAUUAUUGAGCUUCGUGGUGCUAUUCCUGUUGGUUACUGGUUGCAACUCAAGCCUACACUCCUCACUGUCCUCUCUGUUCUUGGGAACAUGGUUCCUGUGCCCUUCAUCAUACUCUAUUUGAAGAGAUUUGCAACUUUCCUUGCCGGGAGGAACCAGUCAGCGUCUAAGUUGCUCGACUUGUUAUUCAAGAGGGCCAAAGAAAAAGCUGCUCCUGUGGAGGAGUUUCAAUGGCUCGGUCUGAUGCUGUUUGUGGCUGUGCCAUUCCCAGGAACCGGGGCAUGGACAGGUGCCUUCAUAGCUGCAAUUCUUGAUAUGCCUUUCUGGUCUGCCAUGUCAGCAAACUUCUUUGGCGUGGUGUUGGCUGGGCUUCUGGUGAACUUGCUGGUGAACCUGGGCCUAAAAUAUGCUAUUGUAACUGGUAUGAUUCUGUUCUUUGUUUCCACUUUCAUGUGGAGCAUCCUUCGAAAUCUUAAAAAAUCUCUGGGCUCGUCAAACUGAUAAAUAAUUGCACUAAACAAUAUUUUGGUUAUAGUGAAUAAUGGUUACUAAAGGAGAAGUUUGUAUGUGUAAGGGAGAGUAUUGAAAUAAUUCUUCCGAAAUGAUAACAGUUAUUAUUGUGUAAGAUAACUGCAAUGAUCAGAAAACUAGGUGCUAUCCUUUCCAUCGGGGUUUUUUUUCCUUCUUCGUGUGUCUCUGUAUGUUUUUCUUUUCCAGUGUUGUUAAUAGUCUGAUGCUUGUAAUUGUAAAUUGGAGGAGGCUGUCCUAGUUUGCAGUUGAAUUUUGAAGCAGCGUUUUUUUUUUACUA